AUGGAGAAAUCUUGGAGAAAAAGAGAUGGGAAGGUUGCGAUAUUGGCAGAGCAGCUUCACAAAGGGUUUCUGAAAUGGAGAUAUCUUGGAGAGGAAGAGAUGGGAAGGUUUCGAUAUUGGCAGAGCAGCUUCACAAAGGAAGAAGUAUUAUUGGAAAAUGUUAAGCUGAUUCUUGAAGCUUUUGAUUACCUUCAGUUCCCAUUUGCUUUAAAGCAAGGUCAUGUUGGCAAGUUGAGUAUUAGGAUUCCAUGGAAAAAGCUUGGCUGGGAUCUUGUUAUAAUCAUCUUAGAGGAUGUAUUGAUCUGUGCCUCCCAAGGAGAUGAAAAAGAGGCAGUGACUGUAUUUGCUAUGAAGUUUUCAAGCUUGACAAUUAUGAAGCAACAUUUUCCUGG